AUGCGGUUAUAUAAUCAUUAUGAAGACACCACUACUGCCUUGUCUGAGAGACCCAAACCAGAAAACACUUCCAAUGUCUUAAAUCUGUCUUCUAAAACAUUAACUGAAACUCAGCACAACCUUCUCAGCAAAGGUCUCAACUUUACUCCUACCCCUAAGAACAUAGAUAAUUUCGAAGUUAUUUCCGAAUUUCAAGAAUUUGCACUCAGAUUAAGACUUCGGGAAUUUUUCCACAAUAAAACCACUAACGUAAACGAUAUCGGUACACCAUUUAAAGAAAAAUCCACCUGGUCACCACCAGUCAACAGAGAACCACACUUAGAGAGCUUUAUUACUGCAAUUGAGAAUGAUGUAAUUCAAGCCAUAAACUCUAACAUAAAAGUACGGAAUAAUCUCUCCUACAACGAACAUGCUGCUCUAAUUUCACUGAAACAUGGGAAUGACAUUAUUAUUAAACAAGCUGAUAAGGGCGGCGUCAUUGUCAUUCAGGACAAAUCCGACUAUAUUAACGAAGCUUAUCGACAUCUUAAUGACAUAAACUACUGUAAAAAAGUAGAUUGGGAUCCCACCCCGGAAUUUCUUAAAAUAAUUGAAGACAAGCUAUGUAGUUUACAGAAAAACCAACACAUACGUCGUGAAACUUUACAGUUCUUUUCACCUAAACACCCAGUUCCAGGUCGCUUUUAUAUGUUACCAAAGAUACACAAACCUAUCAAUCCUGGUCGUCCUAUUAUUUCCAAUUGCGGUAUGCCCACCGAGAACUUACCUGCUUACGUUGAUCAUCACAUGAAAGAUUUCCCUCAAUGUUUGACGUCAUAUAUUAAAGACACAACCCAUUUUUUGAACAUGAUCUCUGACAUUAACAACAACGGAAAAUUACCCCCAAACACUAUUCUCUGCACCAUGGACGUUUCUUCUCUUUACGUAAAUAUUCCCCACGACGAAGGCCUAAAAGCUUUUGAAUCUUCCCUUUUGAAACUUGACAAACCCAACACUCGGACUAUUGUAGACUUAACUAAACUUGUUCUUACACUUAACGGGUUUGAAUUUAAUAAUGAAUUCUAUACUCAGACAAAAGGCACAGCUAUGGGGACCAAGAUAGCACCAAACUAA